AUGGAGCAAGAUUCAAGUGAGAUUGUGCCGGAUGUGCAUGUCCUACACCAAUACUGCGAGGCUUCAAGAUGGCUCGAACAAUCAGAGUGCUCCAACACGACUACUCUCUCAGUAGCCUUCCGGAGGCCAGGCGAGGGUUACACAUUCAAACCUGCAUCAAUCAGCCAGAGGAUGAUAGCCGCGAUUCGAUGCAUCGAUACACCCGUCGCUUUCUCGAUGGCAUCAAAAAUCACAUCAAAUGUCUUCGACCAUCUCUCACCAUUUCAGGACGAGGUUAUCAUGCAGCCGUACGGUGCGAGAAUCCCAGUUGUUGCUUCUCUAGAAUAUGUCAAAGAGCGUAUCUUCGAGAUCAAGCAAUGUCUAGCAGUUCUCGUGAGAGAGGAAAGGGUCGUGUUGCUCUGGGCAAACUCGGUGGAAGCCGCCAGUGUACACGGUUCCGAGGUUGAACAUAUGCUGAUGGAGUCGAUCUGGGGUUCCACUUUCAGUACUCCACGGAUGCGUUCCUAUGCGAACUCUACGGUAUCUCUACUGCGGCCAGAACCUGGCGACCGUCCUUCGUACCCAAGAUUAGGAUCGUCAACCUUCAACUUAGGAUCUCCAACCUUCAACCGUUCAUCGAGAGCAAGUUUAUCCACAGAAGCCAAAUUCUCGGAAAAGGUUUCUGAAGACCUUGAGUGGGAAGAUCCAGAGGCCAAAGUAGUCGGACAUGCAAAACGACCCAUGAUUCUCACAUACUCUUUGAUUACUGGACUUACUCUGAUAAUACUUCUUGCCAUCCAAGGACUUAUUGUUUCCAAAGUGAGCCUGAGAAAAAGGAACUUCUUAAGCUUUGCUUUCUGUUCCGGACUCCUUUUUGUGAGCAGCAUGUUUCAAAUGUUUGGGCCGGUACUGGAUAAUAAGGGGAACUCUCGGUACUACAGUGCAAAUGCACCAAACCCCAAAAGGUUCGGGGAUGUUGAGCUUCCUCACGUUACUGUUCAGAUCCCUGUCUAUUUAGAAGGCUUGGAAGGUGUCAUCAUACCAACAGUCACCAGUGUUAGGGCAGCCGUCAAGCACUAUGAGAGCGUUGGCGGAACAGCUUCGAUCUUCAUCAGCGACGACGGCAUGCAAUUACUUGAUCAUGCGACAGCCGAGGCCAGAAAACGAUAUUACACGGACAAUGAGAUAGGGUGGUGUUCCCGUCCACCUAACGGCGCGAACGGCUUCAAACGACGGGGCCGAUUCAAGAAGGCAAGCAACAUGAAUUAUUGUCUUGACUUCUCACUUCGUGUCGAAGAUGAGAUUCUGAGACUCAUAUCUGAACAAGAAAAGGGGAGACCAGCGGACCCUUUCAUGACGCCACAAGAACAGAACGGCGACAAUCCCUUCGAAGUCGAGGACGAUUUCUACGACCAAGCUUUGCAUACAAUUCUUCAGAAAGACCAAGGGCGGACAUGGGCCGCUGGAAACAUCCGUCUUGGAGAAAUCAUAUUGAUUGUGGAUUCGGACACUCGCGUGCCGGAGACAUGCCUAUACAUGGGAGCUCUGGAGAUGUUGGAGUGCCCUGACAUCGCUAUCGUUCAGCACACAAGUAGUGUGCUGAAGGUGGGGAACAAUAUCUUCGAGGCUGGAAUCUCUUACCUCACCGACCUCGUCUAUACCACAUCAGCAUUUAACGUCAGCAGUGGCGACUGCCCAUGUUUCGUUGGUCAUAAUGCUUUCAUGCGAUGGAAAGCGUUGCAAAGCGUCGCCUUCGAAGAAGAUAACACCAAAAAAUUCUGGUCCGAAUCGCAUGUCUCCGAAGAUUUACACCUCUCAAUGCGUCUCCAAAUCGCCGGCUUCGAGAUCCGCAUGGCCAGCUACCACGGCGACGAGUUCAAAGAAGGCGUCUCCGUCACCGUUUUCGAUGAGGUUGCACGCUGGCAAAAAUAUGCCUACGGCACAAACGAACUGAUCUUCAACCCAAUCAGAUACUGGUACAAAGGACCCUUUACCAGCUUAUACGUUGGCUACCUUUUCAGUCGCGUCAAACCAGCCAGCAAGCUCUCGCUGAUCUCCUACACUUUCACGUACUACGCGCUCGCAAUGGCACUUCCCCUUGCAAUACUCAACUACUUCCUCUUCGGCCUCUGGCCCGACACCCUGGAUCAGUUCUUCGUCGCAUCAUGGAAGGCGCUCGUUGUUAUACUAAGUAUUUUCUAUGUCAUCGCACCACUCGCAUAUUGUGUAAUCCGCUUCCGCCUCGCCAGCCAAAGUCUCAAGACCUCCCUCUUGCAAACCCUAACCUGGACGCCCCUCCUCGCCUUCUUCUUCUCCGGGAUCUCGUUCCAUCUUCUCAAGGUCCUCAUCUGCCACUUCAUUGGCGUGAAUCGGCAAUGGACAGCAACGACAAAAGAGAAUGAGAAGGUUGGUUUCGUCAUGAGCAUGAAGCGCAUCUUCAAAGAUUUCAAGUGGAUGUAUCUCUCCUUCUUUGGGUUGACGGCCGUGGUGAUUUAUUUGGGUGUGUUUGGGCCGCAUGGAUACAGGAUCACAAACUGGACCAUCAUUCUCCCGUUGGCGGCGCAGCUUUCGGGGCAUGCUUUCCUUCCUAUCGCGCUGGGGCUGUUUGGCGCGAUGAAGUAUGAGAAUUAUUAA